GUCGGCGAGGCUUUUGUCAGCGCAGCAAGGUACGGUUUUAUUGACACAGUGGAGUUUCUACUUGGUACCAAUCGAGUAUUGCCGGGCGCAGUUAGCGAUGCUGUGGUGGUUGCGGCCCAUUCUCCGAUGUCAAACAUCCACACGAUGAAGUUUCUCUGCAGUAAGAAGCAAGCGACCCCGUCUUCUAUUGACAGAGCGUUCAACGAGUGCGUCUCCGACGAAGCGAUCGUUACUGUCUUCAAGAACGCUUCCGGCUGGGGGAGAGACUGCUCGUUCUUUAGGUUCGACGCCAGAAGCGUUAAGAUCGUCAAGUUACUGUACCAGGAUAGCCGUGUGCCCGGAGACGUCGUCGGCAGGGCGCUUGUGCAGGCUGCAUGCAGUGGCCAAGCUGAAGUCGUGGCACUGCUGCUUCACGAUAUGCGCAUAUCCGCCGAAUUGAGGAGUGAGGCGUUCGCGAUGGCCGCCAUAUGCGAGAACGGCGACUUGAUGGUAUCGCUGUUCGACAAGCAG